CUUUGCAUCCGUACAUACUUUCCUCUAAAUGGCCUCACAAAUUAAAGCUAAUUAGCAUUAAUGGAGGAAAUUAAUAAUAAACUUCCUUCAGGGUUUAGAUUCCAUCCCACUGAUGAAGAACUCAUCACUUAUUAUCUCAGAAAUAAGGUUUCUGAUUUCAGUUUCACUGCUGCAGCUUUUGCUGAUGUUGAUCUCAAUAAGUGUGAGCCUUGGGACCUCCCAGCGAAAGCCUCAAUGGGAGAAAAAGAAUGGUACUUUUUUAGCCUUAAAGAUCGGAAGUAUCCAACGGGCCUUCGUACUAACCGAGCAACAGAAGCAGGCUAUUGGAAAACAACAGGCAAGGACAAGGAGAUUUUUCAUGGCGGAGUGCUAAUUGGUAUGAAGAAAACACUGGUUUUCUAUAGAGGAAGAGCUCCUAAGGGCGAAAAAACCAACUGGAUUAUGCAUGAAUAUAGACUAGAAACCGAGCUUGGCUUCAAACCUUCAAAGGAGGAAUGGGUAGUUUGUAGGGUGUUUCAGAAGAGCCCAACAGUGAAGAAACCAAAUCCAACAUCAUCACAAUCCCAAGAGUCUCCUAAUUGUGACACUAAUUACACAAUAGCAAAUGAGAUAAUUGGGGAUUUUGAGUUAUCAAAUUUGAGUAGCAUUGCUACUCCAUCAAGUGGGAUUAGCAACAUUUCUUUACAGAAUUACAACAAUGAGAACAUGAACAUGAACUUGGCUUCAGCAGCAACAAGAUCAGAAGCAGCAAGCAACAAUAUUGUUCCAUUACUGCCUAAUUGGUCUUCUAGCUUGCUAAGUUCUAAUUAUCUAUCAUCAUCAGUGAAUUCUUUGCUUUUCAGCUCAUUACAAUCAAGGGUUAAUUAUCACACAAGAGAAGCUGCAACAAAUAUUGGCGAUUACUUUGUAAAUGACUUUACUUUAGACUGAUCAAUCCAGCAGCAACAGGAUCAGCAACCAUACAAAUUGGAUCAUUCCAAUAUAAGUAACUACAACCUAAUAAAAAGGAGGAAUUGGAACCAACACUAAGAAUCCUUUACUAUUACUUUUCCUUUACUAUUACUUGUUCAAAUUUGAUGUUUUUUCUAGCUAGGUUUUACUAACCUGCAUGAUCAUAUACAGGGCAACUAAAUCAAGAUAUGGUAAAUUAAUGUUAGAUUAGUGUAGUCUGCUGUGAUUAACAAAAAAAUUCUCUCGUCAUUGUUUUACUUGCCCUAUUCA